AUUAUUGUCCGGAAAUGAAAGGCGACGGUUAAAUUUUGCUACUAUCCUACCCAAUCAAAUAAUAUCCCCAUCCACAUCUUGAUUCUUCCAUCGUAGAGAAGCUACUGCCUAAACCAGACACUAGUACCAUGCACUGAGCCUGUAAAGUUUUUGCAAAUCUACUGCAAAGGAAGCACGAUACAGAUGGCGCUCUCUCGCUCCGUCGAGGUGGCCGUGCCCGCCGAUCCGGCCGGCGAUGGCGAUCGAGAUAAAAUUCGGCUGCGGCAGCUCGGCUACAAGCAAGAGCUGAAGCGCGGCCUCUCUGUUCUCUCCAACUUCGCCUUCUCCUUCUCCAUCAUCUCCGUGAUGGCCGGUGUGACGACGACGUACAGCACGGGGCUCCGCUACGGCGGGCCGGUGUCCAUGACGCUCGGGUGGCUCGUCGUGUCCGCCUUCAACGGCUGCAUGGCCCUGUCCAUGGCCGAGAUCUGCUCCGCCUACCCGACCUCCGGUGGCCUCUACUACUGGAGUGCCAAGCUCGCCGGCAACGACUGGGCUCCCUUUGCUUCUUGGAUCACUGGCUGGUUUAACAUCACGGGACAGUGGGCCGCUACCACGAGCGUGGACUUCGCGUUGGCGCAGUUGGUCCAGGUGAUCGUCUUGCUCAGCACCGGUGGAGCCAACGGCGGUGGCUACAUGGCCUCCAACUACGUCGUGCUCGCCAUCUACGGCGCCAUGCUCGUCAUCCACGGCGCUAUCAACAGCCUCCCGAUCCAGUGCCUCUCUUGGUUCGGCCAGCUUGGAGCUUUUUGGAAUGCGGCAGGUGUCUUUGUGCUGGUGGCCUUGAUCCCGGCUGUCGCCACGGAAAGGGCGAGCGUUGAGUUCAUUUUCACUCACUUCAACACAGAAAACGGCAUGGGGAUACGCGACAAGGCUUACAUUUUACUCAUCGGGUUGUUGAUGAGCCAGUACGCGAUGGCCGGCUACGACACAUCUGCUCAUAUGACAGAGGAAACGAAGAAUGCAGAUUGGAGUGGCCCGAUCGGGAUCGUAACCUCGGUUGCUCUCUCGACCGUGUUCGGGUGGAUCUACAUAGUGUCACUCACGUCGGCGGUGACGGACAUUCCCUACCUGUUGAGCCCCGACAACGACGCCGGCGGCAACGCGGUUGCUCAAGCUUUCUACACCACUUUCCACCGGAGAUACGGCAGCGGCCUGGGAGGGAUCCUCUGCUUGGGAGUCGUCGCUGUCGCCGUCUUCCUCUGCGGCCUCGCCUGCAUCACUAGCAACUCGAGCCACUGCAUGCAGGAUGGCGUAUGCGUUCUCCAGGGACGGAGCAAUGCCGUUCUCGAAAGUCUGGCACCGAGUGAACAAGCAAGAGGUGCCUAUAAACGCCGUAUGGCUCUCUGUGGUGGUGGCGUUCAUCAUGGCUCUGACAUCGCUGGGAAGCCAGGUGGCAUUCCAAGCAAUGGUGUCCAUCGCGACGAUAGGGCUCUGCAUCUCCUACGCGCUGCCGAUCUUCUUCCGGGUGACGACGGCGAGGGGAUCCUUCGUUCCGGGGCCGUUUCACCUUGGCAAGUACGGGAUCGUCGUCGGCUGGGCCGCCGUGCUCUGGGUGGCCGCCGUCACCGUGCUCUUCUCGCUGCCGGUGGCGUACCCGGUGGCGGAGGAGACGUUCAACUACACGCCGGUGGCCGUCGGCGGCGUGCUGCUGCUCACCGUCGGCGCGUGGGCUCUCCGUGCCCGCUUCUGGUUCCAAGGGCCCAUUACUAACACUAAUGACGGCCCGCUGUGACGGCCCAUAACUGUAUGGGCCGAUGCAUGUGUGCUACGGCCCAUGGAGUUCUACGGCUGACAAGGAAGCCCACGUACAUGUAGCCUUGUUGGGCGGCCCAGUAAGAGGCCGUUCUUUAUUUUGAUUCGUAUUCCCAUGUCCUUGGAUGGAAAUUCAACGGUCUACGAUUCGGCUGAUUAUGUUAGAAAAAGACAGGCAUGAGGUACAGAACUAUACUAAAAAAGCAGCAUGCGUGCAAUAAUUCAAGCAUA